UUGUUUACAAAGUAUCGAGCAGAAUUCCGAUUGGUCCCGGUCAGACCAAGACGACGCCCCGACUCUUACGCCUCAUCUGCUUUUCGUAUAUGCUGCGUUCCUCUCUGUGUUGUUUCCGCAUAAUUACAAGGAAUCCCCGCCCAGCCCGAUCCCAGCUUGGCUGCGUUGUUUGGGGACAGUCCGAAGAUGGCGACGGCCCAGCUGUAUUGCGUCUGCCGGCAGCCGUACGAUGUGAGCCGGUUUAUGAUAGAAUGCGAUAUCUGUAAGGACUGGUUUCACGGCAGCUGUGUUAAGGUUGAAGAGCACUAUGCAGUUGACAUUGAUGUUUACCACUGUCCCAACUGUGACGUCCUUCAUGGACCCUCCCUGAUGAAGAACCGAAACAACUGGCACAGACAUGAUUACACGGAGCCAAACGACGGCAGUAAGCCGGUGCAAGCUGGCACAUCGGUGUUUGUACAGGAGCUACAGGCCAGGACCUUUCCCAGUGGGGAUGAGAUCUUCGAGCACAUGCAGGGCAGUCAGGUUACCCAGCGGUAUCUGGAGAGGUACGGCUUUCGCUAUCCCAUCUCCGUGGCCAGAAUGGAAGGGCUCGGGCUCCGGUUACCUCCACCUGAUUUCUCCGUCAGGGAUGUGGAGCGCUAUGUUGGAGGCGACAAAGUGAUUGACGUCAUCGAUGUGGCCCGGCAAGCGGAUAGCAAGAUUAAACUCGGCACAUUCGUGAAGUAUUACUACAGCUCCCAGAGGCCCAAAGUGCUAAACGUCAUCAGCCUUGAGUUUUCAGACACCAAGAUGUCAGAACUCGUGGUGGUGCCUGAUAUCGCCCAGAAAAUGUCUUGGGUGGAGAACUACUGGCCUGACGACUCUUACUUUCCCAAGCCCUUUGUGCAGAAGUACUGCUUGAUGGGUGUCAAGGACAGCUAUACCGACUUCCAUAUUGAUUUUGGGGGCACAUCUGUGUGGUACCACGUCCUUUGGGGAGAAAAGAUUUUUUACUUGAUUAAGCCGACCCCCGCCAACCUUGCACUAUAUGAAGAGUGGAGCUCUUCCCCUAACCAGAGUGAAGUGUUCUUUGGAGACAAAGUGGACAAAUGCUACAAGUGUGUUGUGCGACAGGGAACGACGCUCUUCAUCCCGACAGGAUGGAUCCAUGCGGUUCUCACCUCUCAGGACUGUAUGGCCUUUGGAGGGAACUUUCUUCACAACCUCAACAUAGGCAUGCAGCUCAGGUGUUAUGAGAUGGAGCGACGUCUGAAGACUCCAGACCUCUUUAAGUUUCCUUACUUUGAGGCUAUCUGCUGGUAUGUAGCCAAGAAUCUGCUGGAGACACUGAAAGAAUCUCGAGAAGAAAACUGCCUGCCUCCAGAAUAUCUGAUCAAAGGAGUGAAAGCUUUGAUUGCUGCACUAAGGACCUGGCUAAAGAGAGAGGUCACAGAACCAGCCACUGAGGUCCCUGACCAUAUCAGGCCCAACCAUCUCAUUAAAAUGCUCACCAAGGAAAUCCACUACCUUGAGGAAUAUCAAAGCGGGAAUUGCGGAAACAAGCCAAUGAAAUCUCAGGAAAUCUCACUGUGUCCGCCCACGAGGUCAUCGCAUGAGAGAGGGUCUCAUGCGCGCAGGAACGCCAGGCGUCUUCACGACCACCACCAAAACCCCCAUCAUCACUCUCAUCCCUCCAGAGUUCCCUCCUACCUAGACAUCUUCGAGCAUCACACGCAAGAGGUCUUAAAGCGACUGGAGAUGGGUCCCCAUGAGGAGGCCGCCUCCUUUAAUCUGAAGGUCAACAGCAAGUUCAACAAGGUUUCCACGGCCUCGGCUGCAAUGGUGGAGCAGAGUUUGGACAAUGACUUGCAUCUGGUGCUGAUCAACGGCCGUAUUAUGAGAGAUGACAAGCAGUAUGUCCGAGAAAAGAAGCCAAGGAUAAAAGAAGAGGAGAUAUCAAGAGAUGCAAAGAGGGAUUCGCUCAAGAUUAAAAUGGAAAAAGAGGAGAGACAGGAUGUGGAUAUUCGGUUUAAAGAAGAGUUUAAGCACAGUCAUGUUGCCAGAGAAAUGAAGCCUGUCUCCUUCACAGAUCUUAAGAAAGAGAGUUCAGAUCUCAGGAACAGAAGGUUGAUUCAUUCAUACGUGUCAUCAAACUCUGAAUCGGAGGAGGAUUACAUCUCAAGGAAAAAGAACGGCUCUGUGGAAGAAUCAGAAAGCUCAUCAGAGGAAGAUGAACGGAGAGAUGACCAAAAUAAAUCCAAUAGCAGCUCCAGCUACACACAAGACAUGCAUUCCAGGCACCUUGGUUUGGGUCGUGACAUGAGUGAAGCCGCUACCUCACCCAGUACAGUAGAAGAUGCUAUUCAGGGGAUGCUGUCUAUGGCCGGGCUACUGUAUUCUAAUCAAUCGGAAGAUCCCACUAGCUCACAGGAGUCCUGGUGGUCUACAGGCAACCCUCCCACCCCUGACUACAGUAGAAAGGCGGUGGUCUCCGAAGAGGAGAGUCAGGAUUCUGACAGUAACUCUUCAGUCAGUAAUAAGGAGGAGUUCAGGGAGCGUAAGCAUUCGGAAACAGAUUGUCAUUCCAAACUCAAGCAUAGGAUCCAGGAACACAAGAACUUCAUGGACAGCCAGGGAAGUGUGAGCAACAGCAGCAGCGAAGGUUGGAGUAGCCGCAUGCACUCCCCAGCACACGGAGAAAGCCCCACAAUGGGCUACCAAUUCUGUGAGACGUCACUCUCACCACCCCUGCACCCCUCCAAAAGACCUGCUCCAAAUCCCCCACCAAUCAGCAAUCAGGCCACCAAAGGUAAACGUCCUAAAAAGGGAAUGGCUACGGCUAAGCAGCGAUUGGGCAAGAUUCUCAAACUGAGCAGACACAAACCCUUCUUUGUGUAGUGCUGGUGAUGGCAACAGCCCUUACAGAAGAUUUGGGAUGCUGAACGUGAGAUGUCUGUGCGCCUGUGAGAGUUCAUUCACACAAACGUUGGCAUUGAAUGGGUUUUAUAGGUCACAGGGUAUAAAGUGUGUAUGCUUCUACACACUGGGCCAAAAGCAUGACAUCGGCUGACCAUCCACCAGAAAAGAGCAGUUCUUCAGUUCCUCUAGACUAGAGAACCAACCAACAUUCCUAAAUAUAUUUUUUAAGAAAAUGUUGAAGACUACCUGUUUUCUGAAGACAUAAAGAUGUUUUCUGCAACUUCAAUUCAACGUAAGACGUCAAUUGAGCGAUGGAAUUAUUUCAUAGAGGUGCUUGAAUUUUUACGUCCUGAUCCCGUUCACCUUGCAAAUGACCCCAGCGAAGGAAACAUUGAGCAAGAGGGCGUUGUUUGAUCGAUAUACGUCUACAUAGAUGAAAACCAUACUGCACGGUGAUAGUUUGAACUACCUAGAACACAAAACAAUUGUGAACAAUUGUGUUCAUUCGUCGAGUAUUCUUUUAUGUUGUAUUACGUGCAAACUUGCAAAGACAAAGAACGCUGGUUUUAUUUUGUCCUGUAUCGCCACCUGGUGGACAUCCACUCCGAAAUUACACUUUCUGGAAGAAUCAAACACAUGUAUCACGAGGCAAAAAGGAAUACAGUUUUCUUUAAUUUCUUACAGUUUUUAUUUUGGUUCUUGAUAUCCCCACCCCGCCUCAUGAUGUAUUUAUUACCGAUGAAAGAUUUUUGGUUUGUUGUUCUUGAGGUCUUGAUAUUUGGGGCAGUCAUUGGUGCACAAGCUCGACCAUUUUUCAAAAUCUGUAUUGCUUUGUAGAUGCAUGUGUUUUAUUACGAGCUACAAUUUAAUCAGGCCUGCCGAAACAUUCAGUAUGUGUUAUGUUAAAACCAAUUUCAUAUUACCUUAAGGUGUCUUUUACAUAAAAACAAAUAGUGACAAUAGCUUGUUAAAAACUAACAAUGUCACCACCUGUUAUUUUUGGGAUGAUUGUUACUGUUAUUGUAAUAAUCUUGUUUUCAGCAUAAGUGUCAAAUUUUCAUCCAUUUCUUAAAACACUCUUUGAACUGGUGCUGUUUUGAAAAAAAGAAAUUUAAGAUGGCCACAAAAUGUGGGAGGAUUUUUUUUAUCCUUUUUUACAUUAAAAUGUAUUUGGCUAGUCGUCUUUUUACAAAUAAUUGAAAGAGUAUUUAUUUUUAUAAGGUCUUCAUUGACAAGAGAAUUUUGCAAUUGUACCAACAGUGUAUGAUUGACUAUUGAAAAAUGGCUACGGCCUCAUUUUGUAAGAUACGCGUAUGGUUUUAAGGGUUGUUUUCUCCGGGUUCGCUUAGUCUGAAGGACUUCAGGUAAUUGUCGAAUUUGAGCUCAAGCUUUUGGAUUUCCUUUGAUGAAUGCCAAAUAAUGUUUUAUUGGUCAAGAUUUGCUUUUAGUUACGGUGUCCCAGCAGCAAAAGGAGUUACUUCAUCUUCUGGACUAACUUUGGUAAAUAUUCUCAUAAAAGAAAAGGAUGCAUAAUCAUUUUCUGUCUUCCAGUUUUAUAAAUUGUUUUGCAGAAACUUUCAGGCAUUACCACACAUUACAUAGGCUUCCGUAAGUUUUUGGAACAGAUUCCAUUCACUUUGCAGUUAUAUGAAAUGUUAUGGUACAGGAAUAGCAGCUCAGGGCUCACACAGGACUGUUCACUGACCGAAAGCUUUGGUAUAAAUUUCUUAAGGGCUCCAAAAAGAAACCUCAAACAAAAGAUGGACAGAUGUGAUAUGGGAUUACAACUAGCGCAUGAAUCAGAAAUUCAUUGUUAGAGCUUAGUAUCGAGGAUGUACUAAACCAUUUGGACAUUUUAUUGUUGGUCUUGUUUGGACAUCUUAUUGUUGGUCUUGUUAUCACAAGGAAAUGUUCUGGAUUGGGAUAUUCAGCAUCAGAUUUGUGUUUUGAUCAUUAAAGAAGAUAAAACCAUGAGACCACUCAUGUAGCAAAUUGUUUUUCUCCAUGGUUAUGGUGCUAUUUGUCUGAACAGGAUAUAGGACAAAGUGUACAAUUUAUUGCAGUCGAAACAUUGUUGCUCAGACAUCAGUUGGGGUGAGAUUUAUUUUGUGUAUUUUUGGCUUUCCAGCACGAUCGGAGGUGCUUCUGUUGUUCUCACAAAAAAGUUGCACUGCAUAAACCAUGUCCUGCAUUGCUAUGUUACACUACACUGUUUGUAUUUUGUUAUUAUUUUUUUAAACACAAUAACAUGUCUAAAUAUGCUCGAUAAAAGUCACAUUGCUGGCCUGCAGGCAGGGUUUGUAUCAUUUGUACAGUAUUUAUUUGGCAUUCUCGAUUGUGUUUUCUGUUUAUGGUCUUGCAAUCAGUUAGGGCCUUAGAGUCUUUGUUAAUGGUGUGUCUUUGCCUGUUUUCAAUGCCCUUAACUGUUUAAAAUGUUAAAUGGUUGAAUAUUUUUGUCGAAUUAUUUGACGCUGUAAUCCAGAGCUAUGGCUCUUUGAAGUUGGGUUGUCAAUUGUACAAUGUGGCCUGUAAAUAUUAAAAAUUAUAUGUUUGAA